AUGGCGUUUGCUGGGACAAAUGUCAGUUUGUCCCAGCCGGAUAUAACGCAAAAACUGACGGAGCGCAUAGAUGAUCUGAAGCAGAGAAUCGCUGCUUGGGGAAAGCGGAUUCGGCGAUAUACCGAGAGGUCGACACGGUUCAACCAGAAUCGUCUCUUCCAGAGUGAUCAGAAGAGGCUCUAUGAAUCAUUGGAGCGACCAAUGGUAAGUGGAACGGGUCCAGCACCGAAUCAGGCCGACACUGUAGCAUUCUGGUGCGGCCUGUGGUCAGAGCCCGUAAACCACAGCGAGGGCCCUUGGACGGAAGUUGUGGCGAGUCAGUGUGCGGGUAUUACGCCCAUGGACCCCGUCAUCAUAACGCCGGAUGACGUAGCUGAGGCGGUCCGUAGGGCCCCGAACUGGAAAAGUCCGAGGCUUGACGGGCUGCAUCACUACUGGCUGAAGGGGUUCAUGGUGUGUCACUCUGUGCUUGCCCGACAGUUUCAAGAGGCUCUCAACCAGAAGUCGCUCCCAAGCCUCUUCACUACUGGGAUCACUCAUUUGGUUCCUAAAGACCAGGGUACCACAAACCCGAGCAAAUACCGCCCCAUCACGUGUCUACCGACCAUAUACAAGACACUAGCAUCCAUUUUGUCACAAAACAUCGGUAUCGAUGAGACUGGCCUCGAAACCGACAUUGUAUUGGACCAAUUAGACCCAUGA